AUGCAUAGUGUGGUGGAAGACAAGGAUUUGCUAACGGAAAUCCUUCUCCGGUUGGCGGUUAAAGACUUGCUCCGAUACAAAUGCGUGUGCAAAAAAUGGUUGUCUGUGAUCUCCGAGCCCCAGUUUUGUAAUCGGCACACCCUUGGACUAUGCCGCAAUCACAAACUUUAUGCAUCUGGAAUGUUGCUCCAAGAAACAGAGGAUUGCCUCAUCCUUAAGAAGGCUCGCAUAACCCCAUUCACCAAUAACAGCAACAACAGGUUCACCUACCUCCAUCUUCAUAAUGAGUUUGAUGGACUACUUUACUAUCGUAUUCUUCAAUCAUGCAAUGGUCUACUACUCUGGGAUAGUGCUCCAAUACAAUGGCCUUCACCACCCUACGAUGUGGAAGUUAAGAAAUUUCUCCAAGGAUGCCGUUAUUUUUAUAUAAGCAAUCCAUCAACCGGUCAUUGUGUUCGUAUAGACCAAUUUGGCUAUAAAAUUCAUCAUCCAAAUUUUUCUAAUCCAGUUCUUAUCUUUGAACCUUGGAAAUCUCCUCACUAUAAAAUUAUCUUUUUCGCUAAAGUCGUAGAACUCGCAACCAAUAAGAUGAAGAUGAAUGUUUAUUCAUCAAACACGGGUUCUUGGAACAAAGUUGAUGUUCUUACUUUUCCAAAUGAUAUUCGCUACUUCCGUAACAAUGGUGUUUAUUGCAAUGGUGCUAUACAUUGGUACGAUGUUGUUGAUGAUCGAAGUAAAGUGUAUUUCGAUAUUGAUGGGCUUUGCUUUAAAAAUUAUUUUCCAGCGUUACCAAUACCACCAGUACCACCUUAUUAUAAGCAGCUUGCGGAGUUGUAUUUAGGAAAUAGUGGAGAGAAUCUAUACAUGAUUGUGCAAAAGAAUGAUGACCCGUUAAAGUUAAUUUAUGGUAUUUGGGAGUUAAAAAAAGAUUAUAGUGAAUGGAUUGUUAGAUUUCAUGUAGAUCUAACUACUUUCGAAGCAGGUACUUUUGAUGUUGAUGCAUUUGAUGUUGUUAGGCAACCACCAAAUGAUGAACACGAACAGGAAGAUUCAAUACUUGCAAUUCUAAUAAUUAAUCGUACAAAAUUAGUGGCUUAUAAUUUGAAGGAUCAUAGCUCGAGAAUUCUCUAUGAAGAAGAUAGAUUCUAUCCACCAAGUUUUCAUCAUCACUACUUUGAGACUUUGACAAGUAUUCUACCGAGUUAUUAG